AUGUUUGUUAGUAGAAGUAAGGGAAUUCAUAAUCACAUUGACAAUAUUGGUUUAACAGAAAAAGGGGAAAUAAGCGAUAAUUUAUCCAGUAUCGUUGAUCAGUACGAUGCUAGAAGAGCAUCUGGAAUAAUUGUUGAUCUAGUAAAUUCAAAUAAAUUCGGUGGAAAAGUUUUUCUUAUAACUGGUCCUAAGGGAUGUGGUAAAACCGCCUUAACAGUUGCAAUAAGUGAAGAGCUAGGAAAUAAGAUCCCUUUUGUAAAUAUAUCAGGAAAUGAUGUAUAUUCUUCAGAGGUCAAGAAAUCAGAAAUGUUAGAUGAAUAUUUAAGAAAAGCAGUUAUGGUAAGUAUAAAAGAGUAUAAACAUAUUUACGAAGGAGAAGUUGUUGACAUACAAGAUGCUAAAUUGGACCUUAGAUCUUCAAAAGGAACUAAAACGCUGCAACUAUCAAAGGAGUUAAAGGAUCAAAUGAUCUUUCAAAAUGUGAAAGUGGGAGACGUUGUGCAUAUCGAUUCGUCUUCUGGUAUUUUUAAACGAAUGGGUAGAGGAGAAUCUUAUUUAAAUGAUUAUGACCUAGAAGCCGAUAAAUAUGUACCUUUGCCGAAAGGAGAUAUUUACAGAAAAAAAGAGGUUGUUUUUAAUACAACUUUGCACGAUUUAGAUGUUUCUAGUGUAAAUCCUACAGGACAGGACGUUUUGUCUUUAGUUCAUCAGGUUGUAAAAAAUAAAAAAAGCGAAAUUACAGAAAAGUUAAGACAAGACAUUGACAGUUAUGUAAAUAAUUGCAAUUUUGCAGAAGUUAUUUAUGGUGUUUUACUUAUAGAAGAUGCUAAUUUGCUUGAUAUAGAAUGUUUUACUUAUUUAAAUAAAAUAAUUGACACAGGAAGAGGACCUACUAUCAUUCUUACAAGUAACAAUAUAGAGGAGUCUAAUGAUAGCUUAUAUUUUGGUAUUCCUAGACAAUUUUUGCAAAAAUGUCUUAUUAUUCCUAUUAACAAAAAUAAGAAUGAGUUUGAAGUUAUUAAACGUAGGCUUGCUAAAGAGAAUUUACAAAUUUCGGACAAUGGAUUAAAAGCUUUGGAAAAUCUGACUCUAAAUUUUGGUAUAACCUAUACUGUAAACAUUAUUAAAAUGCUUAAAGGAUUAGGAGAAAGUAUUACUGAAAAGGAUAUAGAAAAGUUAACUUCUAUUUUUAAACUCAAUUAA